AUGCGAUCAUCAAUCGCGCUGGCCGGUGCAGCCAUUGCUGCUCUCAGCUCGGCCCUGGCGUGCGCCACGUCGACGAAGCAGUUCACCACAUCCGGUGGCGUGUCGUACACUUACGAAUACUCACCUGCGACAGACUACAAUGGCACCAGCAAACCGACCUUCCUAUUCUUCCACGGCUUCCCCUCGACACGGCGCGACUGGGCUCCUCAGCUCGCAGCACUCGAGAAGGCUGGCUUUGGCGUCCUGGCGCCUGACUUGCUGGGCUUUGGCGAGUCUGACAAGCCCGAUCCCAACAACCUCUCAGCAUACCGGUGGAGUGUGGUGUCAGACCACAUGGCUGAGCUCCUGGACGCCGAGGGCCUCGGCCAGGUCAUUGGCGUCGGCCACGACUGGGGCGCGACAGCGAUGGCCCGCGCCUACAACUACCACCCAGACAGGUUCUCCAAACUCGUCUUCAUGUCUGUCGGCUAUGUGCACCCUACGGGGUUCAUAGAUAUUGACGCAAUCAACGCGCAGACUCUGGCGGCGACAGGUCUGGCGCAGUGCGGGUACUGGUACUUUUUCAACCACUUCACGGCUACAGAUCUCAUAAGCAACCAUCUCGAGUCCUUCUACAGCGCGGUCUACGCAGCAAACAGCACCACGCAGAACCGCGAUGUUGGCCACAUCGGCGCCGCACGGGCGCGGCUCGAGGCCAACAGGACCAUCCCGCUCGCGCCCUGGGACACCGAGGCCCACAAGCAAGACUGGCUCAGCCAGUUCAGCAAGCCGGGCGCCGUGGCACCCUCGCUGAACCCGUACCGCCGAGCUCUCACCGGCACUGAUGUCCCAGAUGACAAUGCGGUCCCCGAAGUGAACAAGCUACUCAAUGUGCCAGUCACCAUCAUCGGGGGCUCGCUGGACACCAUCACCCCCGGGGCGGUGAUGAGAGUCGUUACGGAGCCCUUCGCGAUGCGCGGGCUCGAGGAGUAUCAGCUGCAAGGCGGUCACUGGCUCGGAUGGGAGAAUGCCGAUGAGGUCAAUGCCAUAUUGUCGAAGGCUGGUGGAGACAUCGCGCGAUGA